GUUGAACGAGGAACGGUGAUAGACGCUACUCAAGCUUCGUGACUGCCCACAGCGUCUUCAUGUUGACUGGUGCAGGUCUAUGUAGGCAAAGCCGGAGGCUCGUGGGCCGUGUGCACGACAAUGGCCCCUCGCUAGCAGCACUAGCAAUAGCAGCAAACCGGUUGGCACGCCAUGACGGUAGUAGCGACAGCAGCAAGAGGACCUGUCGUGGGGACCUGAGGCCGCCACAGCACCUACUGCAGGCGCAAACGUUGCACGUUCCGGCACUGCAGCAGCGGGGCCACAGGAGUAGUAGCAUCACCAGGCUUGGAGGAGACGGUGGCACAAUUGGAGUUGCUGCUUUCGGUGGGGGGCGCGGUCUAGACUUAGCAGCCUGGAGAGGAGCGGCGGCGGCAGGCGGGACGGUUGGGGCUCGACGGAGCUUUGGGGGGCGGAGCGGUGAUGGCUUCCGGGCAGGAAGCAACGGCAACAGCAACGGCAGCGGCAGCGGCAGCGGCAGCGGCCGCGAGGACAGCGCUGGUUUUCCUGAGACGGGAGGAGCUGCCGACGCGGACGGGUGGUCCGCACCCCCGGACGCGUGGAUGCCUGACGAGCCCCCCGCGGAGAUACCGCAAGACGCCUCCAUGCCGGGUUUUGACGCCGGGGAAGGCUUUUCUGUUGACUCGGCUGCCGCGGCGUUGGACGCUGUGGCAGGGGCGGCGCCGGACGCUUCCGCGAUUGGCACGGCCAUGACCGCCACGGGACUGUCCGCCGCGGACCUCGGCAUGUACCCCCACCACCUCUUCAUGCACAUGAUCGAUUACGUCCAAGCGACCGCCGGUGUGCCCUACUGGGAGGCGAUCGUGAUGGUCUCCGUUGCCGCUAGGAUAGUGGUGCUGCCGGCCGUGGCAACUUUUCUCGGCAUGUCCAAGCGCCUGAACAUGAUCAAGCCGGAAAUGGCGGUGCAUCAAGGAAAGAUGCAGGACAUCAAGAACAGGAUGGAGGCCAACCCGGAGGUUAAGGAAGCCGCGAUGGCGGAGAUGAUGCUCGUUUCGCAGGAGAUGGGGAACCUGCUCAAGCAACACAGGAUCCACUUCCCCAAGAUGAUGCUGUCCAUGUUUGCGCAGUUCCCGGUGUUCAUCUCGCUCUUCCUCGCCACUAGAGAUAUGGGAAUGUACUUCCCUGGCUACAUGACAGGGGGCUUGGACUGGAUGGUGAACUUGAGCGCGCCUGAUCCCACAUGGACGCUGCCCAUUCUCACGUCCGGAUCGAUGAUCCUCCUGAUGGAACUGGGGUCCGACAUGCCGGCCGCCCAUGGCCCAGACAAGCCCAACUUCAACCCCAAGGUCAUGUUCCGGGUGAUGAGCAUCGUCUUCGUGCCGGUGGCCUUCAGUAUGCCCGCCGGUGUUCUCGUCUAUUGGACGACCACAAACGUCUUCGGCAUGCUGCAGCGGGGGCUGUUCGAGAUGCGGCCGGUGCAGCAGGCCCUGGGGUGGCCGCUGCCCGAGGACAUGCCGGCGCCCGCGGCUCCAGCCGACAAGAAGGAACCUGCCGAGGCUGACUUCGCGAGCAAGGAGGACUUGGAGAGGUGGGGGGGUGGGGGGAAGGGGGCCUCUGGCGAGGCAUCUAGGGCGGCAGCGGAGGCCGCGGAGCGGGCGAGAGAGGCUGUUGCAAAAGCUUCCAAGGUUCGACACGAGGAGCUCAAGCGGCAGCAUGGGGAGCGAAAUAGGGAGGACGGCCCGAAGUAAGCACCGCCACUAGGCAUUAUUCAGUAGUGUGCGGCACGACUCACGAACCUGAGAGCUAGACUAGAAAGAAGUUCAGGCUCGAAAUAUGACAAGUUUGUGAACUCUACCUUCGGAACAGGUGCUCAGUGGAGAAUACUAAAACUAAUAUAGGCGAUGUUGGGGUACCCGCCGAGGCAAAAAGGGAACGAGCCUCUUUUCGAAGUAUGAGGUUCUGACAUGCGCUGGUGGCACGUACACGUGCUGAAAGUGGAACAAGAGAAGAGCCGCCCCGCGUUUUGGGCGUAGUUACUGCAGCACGAGAACGCUGUCCCUUCCUUUUGGAUGUGUAUGAUUUGGCAGAGUGAACCUGUCGAGGUCCGUAGCGUGCGGAGGGUAGCUGGGGGUGGCCGAGAGUGAAAUGAUAGACAUGAGCGUUUCUCAGCGCCAGAUCGAGCGAAUGGGAGUGAAUGUUGUCUUUGUUGUCAUCGUCCCCGAUUGAUGGUUCGACUAUCGAUACCUCCGGAUGCCCCUGUCUGUCUUUCUUUCCAGCCGUGCGGGUCGUGGACGGUUCAGAGAAGGCUGUGUGUCUCGACUGCCUGAGUCGGGGCCGCGUAUGGGGAGCGUGGGUAGCACCGAAGCGUUUUUCGACCCAAAGAUCAUGUCUAUUUCCCAAAAAUGGUGGUGGUUGCGACUCUGGCUCUUGGUGAC